GGCUGGUGCAACGGCACCGACAUGCGCGCUGUCGUACCGCGACUGCGACGGCGACGGCAUUCUGGACCCCUACUGCGAGGGGGGCCAGCUCCUUCGCUUCGGCUACAUCAGCUCCGCGAACGAUUGCGCGGACAACUGGCCUACAGGCCUGUGUAAAAUCGCGCGUCACGCCGGCAAGGGGGCCGUCUCGAACGAGAAACACGCAGCCUCGAAUGAGAUAACCAUCGUGCACUUCAACGACGUCUACAACAUUGCUGGCACGAUGGAGGAUGGCGUGCGGUUCGGCGGCAUGUCUCGCGCGGUGCACAUGGUCAAGAAGCUGCGCAAGCGAAACCCCGACCGCACGUUUGUGGUGUUCGCCGGUGAUUGCCUGUCGCCGUCCGUCUUGAGCGACAUGUUCAAGGGCGAGCAGAUGAUCGACGUGCUGAACGACAUGCAGCUGGACGCGGCCUCGCUGGGCAACCACGAGUUCGACUUUGGCGUGGAAUUGCUGGCCACCCGCCUUCAGGAGUCCAGCUUCCCCUGGCUCAACACCAACCUCAUGGACGAGACUGGCCAGCUUCUCAAGCACACCACGGAGUACCUCAUCAAAUCCGUCGAGUGGGCGCCUCGGUGGGAGCCCGACCAGAAGCAGGAAAUCAAGGUGUGCUUCUUCGGCGUCGCGUACGACGUGAGGGAGACAAUGUUCAAAGACGUGGACAGGUUGACGUUCGAGAACGUACUCAACGCCUCCAGGAGGUCCGUGGACUACCUCAAGAAUAAGGAGGGCUGCAAGGUGGUCGUGCCCUUGACCCACCAAUUCUCGGAGCAGGACUGCGAGCUGGCGAAGGAGCUCGGGGAUGACAUCGACCUGAUCCUCGGAGGUCACGACCACGCCACCGAGUUCACUUCAGUGUGCGGCAAGGCCCCGUACUUGAAGGCCGCCAGCGACCUCAAGACGCAGUGGGUGAUGACGCUUUUUCUCGACGACGACGGCAAGGUGGAGUCUGUCGACGGCCAAGUGCUCUCGCUGACGGACGCGGACCCCCCCGACGAGGAGAUCCACGAGAAGAUCGUGAUGUGGGAGGAGAAGGCCGAGAAGGAGCUGGCCAAAUUGGUGGGCUGCCUGGGCGCAGAUCUGGACGCGGUCGCAUUCAACGUCCGCCGCGGGGAGACGACCAUGGGGAACUUCGGCGCGGACGCCGUGAGGGCGAUGCACAAGACGGACGUUGCGCUGAUCAACGGCGGGACCCUGCGCGGCAACAAGGUGUACUCUGCGGGCAAAGCCUCCCGCAAGGAUUUGCUCGAGAUGCGCCCGUUCGGAAACUAG